UCCACGAAGGCAGCCCACUGGGGGAACUUCAUCGCUGUGUCCGAGAUGGUGUAAAAAUCAAUGUCCAUAUCCGCACUUUCAAAGGGCUUCGUGGAGUCUGCACAGGGUUUUUGGUUGCAUUUGACAAGUUCUGGAAUAUGGCCCUGACAGAUGUGGAUGAGACAUACAGGAAACCAGUAAUGGGCAAAGCUUUCUAUGCAGAACCUCAGCUCACACUAACCCAUCUGUUUGACAGACUCAAGCUGCAGGAGUCCUCAGUAAAGAAGGGAGCUGACUCAAAGACUGUCUCAGAGGAGCUAGCCCUGACAAAUGACUCUCGGAUGCCGGGACUGAAAGUUGGAUCAGGACGAGGGAGAGCAGAAGAUGAGCGCGAAAGGCAGAAACGCUUGGGCAGAGCUGGAGAAAAGAAGAUGCCAGGUGACAGUUUGCAUCUGGCUGCCAGAGGUGAAGCUGAUGUGGGCAGCGGGACUGCCCACACAGAGGGUGCCAGUGCUGGUGGUACCCGUGCAAGAAGCCAGUCACGGAGAAAAAGGCGGCCCAAAGUGGAUUAUCAACAGGUGUUCACACGUCACAUAAACCAGAUUUUUAUUCGAGGAGAGAAUGUCUUGCUUGUCCAUUUAGCACAUUGA